AUGAUGGAAAUAGCUCCUCCAAACUCACUAUAUCACCUUUCGAAGUCUUACUUGAUCCAAUUGGCUUCAGAAUUCCGUUCAUCCACUCAAAGCGCGAUUAAUUGUACUCCACGGUUGGACAAUAUCUGGUAUUUGGCCGCUGCUUCUACUUUUACCGCUUGCAACGAACCUCAAGAAAUUCCCAAAUUAUACCAUUUUGCUUUACUGCGUGAAUCAAACCUCAAUAAAGGUUCCUUAUCGGAUGUAGUCAUUGCCGAAAGGGUUAUGAAGUUAUUUGAAAAAGACAGGCCUACUAGGAUAGCAAUAUUGGAUGAAUGGUAUAGCAAGCCAAAUCGAGCGCAAGUUCUAAUCACACAACGCUUCCAGGAAACUAUAUUAAAAUCAAGUUCUUUGACCGGGUUGCCAAAAGCUAUCAACAGUCUGCAGAAGUUAGCAGAGGAAAUUCCAAGAAGUUUUCAAAUUGAGCAGCCAAGAGUUCUUAAAGAUGAGAAGGAUUAUAACAAGUUAUUUCCUAAUGUUAUGAGAGAUAUCCACAUGUCUAAAGAAGAAGUGGUAAAACGUGGAAUGGACUGCUGGAAUAGCAUAUAUAGCACUACUGCUGAAAAGGUCACCAAUAACAUAAAUAAGACGUAUCCUGAUCUUUGGUAUUUCAUCAUGGCACAUGUUUAUGGUCCAAUUCUUUCUCAUACUGCAGUCCUAAGCUCUCAGGAAACCAGUUUGAUUAUAAUAGCCGCGCUUGUACCACAGGAUGUUAAUGCGCAACUAUGGGGUCACAUGAAGGGUGCAAUAAAUAUAGGGUGUGAUAAACAUGCAAUAGAACGUAUUCGAAUGCUAAGCAUUGCCAUCUCUAAAUACUGUGGAGCAAAGUGGAAAGAAGGAGUUGCGAAAUUAUAA